CCUACUCUCUCUCUCUCUAGGUUUUCAAAUUGUUUCUCUGUUUCGAAAUUUAAAGGCCAAAUCGAAGAGUUAAUCAGAUCGAUCUUCUUCCAAUUGAUCAGUUCUUAAAAGUAUUCCAGAAAUCUCCAGUUCCAGGCAAAUACUUGAGCAACCUUACUUCAAAACCUUUUCUCGAUUAAAUUUGAAAUUUGUAAAUAUCGAUUCUGCAUAGUUUGGGUUUAAAUCGAUUCCAAGCUAAUUUUCACUGUUCGUUUCGGAAUUGGAAUGCUUAUCUCUUCAAUUAGCUGGAAGAGGCAUUUCGAAAUGGCAAGUGUGAAAAAAGAUCUGAUUGUUCAAGUAGAGUCAACAUGUGGAUCUCUCCUUUACGAACUUCAGGUGGGUGAUUAAAUAAAAAGUCUUUUGUCUUUCAUAUCAUAUCAAAUUUUGUGUGAAGUUCUUAUGAAGCACUAGCCUCGAAGACAAUAGUUUGGGAACAAGAGAAAGGAAUUGAAUUUCUCUAUGAUGGUAUCCGUCUACUCUCCAUGCUCGAGGAGUAUAACUUACUCAGGCAGGAAUUUCGAGGAAGAACACCGUCGCCAACGGGAUCAUAAGAAGCUCCAAGGACAGCUCAUAGCAGAACAAGAGGCGCUUUACGGGUCAAAACCAAGCCCAUCAAAACCUCUUGGUGGUAAAAAGGCUCCAAGAAUGUCAACCGGUGGUGCAGCAACCAACAGAAGACUCUCCUUAGGAGCAGGGAUGCAUCAGACUCCUAAACCUAACAAGAAAACAGACCAGCGCCAGAUUGAUGGAGCUUUAUCAACUGGAAGAAGAGGGCUUGAUGUUGCUGGACUUCCCUCAAGGAAACAGUCAAUGAAUCCAUGUGAACAGCUGCAAUCUCCACUAGUGCGCAAACCAUUCUCACCUCUUCCUACCACGGUGGUUGCAUCAAAGGCUAACAUAGCAACGCCGCAGCAACUUCUUCCAACCCCGAAAAGCAACGUAGUGAAUGAGAUAUCGGCAUUUGCAACUCCCGUCAAGAACAACAACAGUGUAAGGAACUUGGAAGAAGAGAAGAUGCAGAUGAUGAUGAUGCAAACACCAAAGAAUGUAGGGGCAAUGAUUCCUAUCCCAUCUACACCAGCAACAAUCUCUGUGCCGAUGCAAACUGCAGCAACACCACUCAACAAUACCAAUGCGAGAUUGCUUCAAGAAAAGGCUGAAGUUGUUGAGUACUCCUUUGAGGAACGAAGACUCGCUUUCAUGCUACAGUCCGAGUCUUUGAUCCACGUCUGAUUUUCAUUCUGUCUUUAUUUUUUGUGUAAAACUCAAAUUGAUUGUUCUUUGGUUUGUUAAAAGGUCAAUUAUAUGAUUGGCUUUUUCUUUAAGUAAUCGUUUUCACAUGUGUAAGGUUUCUUGGAGACUAACAAGAAAAGUUGUUUCUCAGUCUAAAGAACUCUAUAGACGCAAA